GCUAUUGUCAAAUUUUGCUGAUCAACUCCAUGGAUGUCGAGGUGAAGCAACAGCAGGCGCUUAUGCGCUCGCUGCGCGUGUUUGUGGACACUCUGCGGGACAUUAAGAAGGCGGAGGACGCUAGCGAGGCGAAUUGCAAUGUCAUGGAGGCUGUGCGUGUGCUUUGCGGAUCUCCCGAGACGCUGGGCGGCGCUCAAUGGCACAACGAAGUGUGGCGACGCGGUCUUGUGCCCACAUUCCAACGUUUGUCUCUCUGUAUGACGCGUCUGGACCAAUUGGAGGCGCAAGAACGAAAGAGAACGGGACCGCCAACGACCCGACAAGCAGAGAAGCCUAAAGCACCCGCGGGUCUGUUAAGUUUGCGGGACUAUUCGGUGUUGCAGGCAGCUGUGGAGCUGCUCUUCUGUUGGGGCGCCCACCCUCGUGUAGCUGCUGGAAUACUCAUGCCGAUUGAGAAGAGGAAACCCACACGCACUUUGGAGAUUUCCAAGGACGUGCUGAUGUGGGGAUAUCGUGGAUACACUCGAGUUAUUGUUGAUGCUGAGCUGAAGAGUGAGGAGACAAUGAGCGGGCUUCUGAAUAUCACGCAAGCCAUGUUGCAGUUGCUAUCGCUGCCACAGUUCCAGCCUAUUUUGCUGCCGAAGUACGUGGUGGAGUUGCUAGCUCUGUUGGUGUAUGGAGAAGUGGCGAUGGAUACGGAGGUACCAUCACCCGUCCAAACGGAAUUUACCCGACUACUAGAGAUGAUGUUGCGGGUAUUGCCGCUGCGUAUGAGCAUGAGUAGUCUGCGUGCGGCACUCGGACAGACCACAUCUGUAGCGAAUGAACAGGCGGUAGGUCAGCGGUUCAAAGCGCGCUGUGGUAACUUAUUGUCGCGAUUACUGAUGGAAGACGGAGGGAUUGUGGCUACGAUCGAGAUGCUGCUCGGAGCGGUGGAUGAGGGAAAUACGCAGGCUAGAAUGCAAGUUGCCACUCUGAUAUGCCAAUGUCCAAGCGGCGAGGAUCCCGAGAAAUAUGCAACCGCAUUGUGCACGCAAGUCCGUGGACUUUUACUUGCUGCCGUGACUCCUGAGAAGGGAAAUUCCAGCAGCAAAUUAUUGGGUGAAAUGGCAGCGCUGUUGGCCGAUCAGUUGGCCACCCGCCACUCCGCACUAUUCGACUCGCAGAUCUUAUCGAUACUUUUCCACCCAUUACUGAUUUACGAAGAUAGUCGGUUGGAUGCAAAUUUUCCAGUGGGAGAAACAAGCGAAGAGGCUUUGAAUCGCUGCGUGGGCAUUGCUCGACUACUUCUGUGUGGCCCGCCUCCUUCUCAGCGAUUUUUACAAGCUCUAGCCCCGUUAAUCCGUUCUCUCCUCCAUAUGUACGCGUUCGCUGCAUCUAGCAAGAGUUUUCUCGUGGCACCGCUACGUGCGCUACUCACAGCGUGGAUUCGUUCAUGUUCAAACGCGGCAUUACUUCUCCAACUGGCGAUACUUCCUGUUGCGUUACCUCUCCAGCCGACUCUAUUAGCUUGCGGGUAUGAGCGGAAUUUUGCCCAAGAAUCAUGGAGGCCACUGCGAGAAUUUUGUGCAGGCGGAGGUGGUGGCGUAUCCCUUCGGCUUUUAAAGCCUACGUCGGCAAUUGAACUUGAUUCUACUGAGUCAUUGAAAGCUUUGAUAAUGCCGCUGGUGGAGCUACUGGGUGACAAGGAGCUUGAAAAUUCGGAAGUGGUCGGAGAUCUCUUUUCUUCGCUUUUAUUGACCUACAUGCACGUGCGGAAGCAUGGCACGACUGAAGCUAUUGAUGUGAACGUCAAGGACAAAAGUGCAGCAUCUCCAUUCGCAUUAUACGAACCUAUGAAAAGUCCUACAAGUGCUGAAGGUGUUGAGAUGGUUCUGAUGGUGUUAUUGGCGCUCAUCGAAUGCUUGGGACUAUCUGUGCUACGUAGUGCUGCAACAGUGCUGCAGUGUAUUGGAACUGUUCUGGAGACAUAUAACACCCCUGCAACAAGGCUCGUGGAUACAGAGAAGCAGGACGAGAGUGUUGUGCAGACAGCGGACAACGAAGAGGAUGAAGGAGACGAGAUCUUGACAAUUUCUUUGGGUGUGGUUAUGACGGUUCUCGAAGCAGGAGCGUCACAUCGCAGUGACUCGGAGGAACAGCAGCUUCGUGCACUGCUUCCUGUACUGGAGGUUUUAUCUCGCCACCCACGACCUGAAGUGGCAGAGCUCGCAAGCAACGCCCGAGCGCAGAUUUUGAGCCGCGGCGCGACAGAUGCCAAAACAACAAGAGCAGGCGAGCAGAGUUUCGAGGAGGUGCUUCGCGAGGCUGAACAGGACCUAUCUAGUCAGCUGGUGCCGUUGCGUGCACGUGGGGUUGUUACGCUGACAAAACUUGUGCGGCGGAGUCAUACGCACGCGCAUGACGCAGAUUGGACACCACGAGUGCAUGCCUUAGCUCAAGUCUUCCUACUACAUUUACACGACUCGGAGAGUUAUGUGUUCCUUGCGGCUGUCCAAGGAUUGGCAGCAUUGGCAGACGCCCAUCCAGAUGUAGCAAUUCCUGCAUUGGUGAAGGCACUACAAGACCCGCAAAACUCGUUGGAAUCUCGCAUUAAGCUCAGCGAAGCGUUGUUGUUCGCUGCUAAACGGUGUGGCGACACAUUGCCUAAGUACGGCAAGCUGUUCGUGUAUGCUUAUUUGGAUUGUAUACGUCCACAUCCUUCGCAGAGGAAACGUGUGCAGCGGAUCCAGAAAGAGGCGGUCAAGCGCAUUCAACUAAUUCAAGAGAUACAGAGCGAUGCAGAGAAAGCGGCAACGACAGAAACAUCGCAGAGCGAGCGAGAGAGUGAGCAAGAGCUGCUUGCCGCUGCAACAUUACGUGCUAGUUGUCUGUCGAAUCUAGCCGAAGUGUGUGCACUCCUACAGUGGGGGCUUCAACCGUUCCUGUUAGACGUGCUCACUUGCGUUUUCGGCGUUCUUCAGCUGGAAUUGGAGCUUGAGGCACAGCGUCGUCCAAAGCCUGGAGCUACUGAGGACGAGCAACAGAAGCUGUGGAAGCAUCAAGUGGAAGAGCAGCAGCAGCGCGUGGUGGCGGUGCGACGGGGAGCUGUAUUCGUUCUGCGCUAUCUCAUAGAACUGCUUGGCUGGAAGAUACUGGAGCUGAUGCCGGAUCAGUUAUCGCCGCUGUAUCAUACGCUCAAGCACGUUGCACGUGUCAACCGAGACCGUGUCGUGGUAUUCCAUGCCAACCGCGCCUUAAGAGCUCUGGAUGAGGUCAUGCGAGCCGAGCUCUUCCCACGGGUGGAGCAGCAAGACGCGGUAUUCGGCAUCUCGAGCUUACGCAUUGUGUAGAGCAGGGCUCUGUAAUCGAGCUAUACAACUUCAAUGUGGCUGAUAAUACGAAUCAUUCUGAAGGAUAAUCAUCCCCUUUUCUACCAAUC